UAUCGGCCACCGACAGACGACCUUCUUCCUCGUCUUCUUCACCAGAAAAUCCUCACUCUCUCUCUCCGCGAAGAUCCUCGUCUUCAGAUCUGUUACCAAGCUCGCCGCCGCAUUGUUCCAACCGGCGCCACCCGCAUCGCCGCCGCCGAGCUCCGGCAUCCGGCGGCCGAUCGGCGGCGAGACAUCGCUCCGCCAACCGCCGUCGCCUUCGCGGACUCUCGUUUGGAGGCCAGCGAGGUCUGCGCCGUAUGGCGCGGGACGCCGCCUCCUUCUCCUCCGACGAGGAGGACGACGACCGUCGGAACCUAAUCCACCAGAACGACACCAAGCCGGCGCCGGCGUCGCCGCCCGCGGAGGAUCGAGCGGCCGCCUUCGACGUCGAGGACUUCGGGCCUCGCAUCGGCGGCGACGGCCGGUCGAAGCUGUCGAAGCUGGCGAAGCUCGCGCUCGACAAGAGGUACCUCUUCGCCGUCUUCCUCCCCGUCUUCAUCGUCGUCGUGUACUUCACGGCCGACCUCCACAGCUUGUUCUCGUACGAUGUUUCGUCAAUUAAGGCCAAUUCGUUCGGCGAUCGCAUGAGGGAGUCCGAGUUGCGGGCUCUGUAUUUGCUGAAGCAGCAACAGGUAGGGCUUCAGACUUUGUGGAAUCAGGCUUUUCGAGAUUUAGGAGCUGACCAGAAUAGCAGUCUGAGUGGCUCGAAUUCGAGUGAGAUUAAUAAGGGGCAUCAGUCCUUGGCGUCGUCAUCUGCGUCCUUCGAUGAUUUUAAGUCCUCUGUGCUGAAGCAAAUUUCGUUGAAUAAAGAGAUUCAGGAUGUAUUAUUGUUGGCACAUCAGUCUGGUAACUUGUCCGUGGAAGGCGCUGGUGGAUUUGGUUUCGACCGGUGUAAAAAGGUGGACCAGAGGUUUUCCGAGAGGAGAACUAUUGAGUGGAAUCCGAAAUCCGAUAAAUUUCUGCUGGCGAUUUGUCUGUCGGGUCAAAUGUCGAACCAUUUGAUUUGCUUAGAGAAGCACAUGUUCUUCGCUGCUGUACUCAACCGGGUUUUAGUUAUUCCAAGCUCUAGAGUCGAUUAUCGGUACCAUAGGGUGCUGGAUAUUGAUCAUAUAAAUCAAUGCUUGGGUCGGAAGGUUGUCAUUUCGUUUGAGGAGUUUUCAGAGAUUAGAAAGAACCAUUUGCAUAUUGAUAGGUUCAUUUGUUAUUUCUCUUCACCACAACAUUGUUAUGUUGAUGAUGAACAUGUAAAGAAGUUGAAAAAUCUGGGGCUAUCAAUGGGCAAGCUUGAGUCCCCCUGGAAGGAAGAUGUGAAGAGGCCAAAUAAGAGGACACUCCAAGACAUCCAGGCAAAGUUUGCAUCCAAUGAUGAUGUUAUUGCAAUUGGAGAUGUUUUUUUUGCGGAUGUAGAGCAGGAAUGGGUGAUGCAACCUGGUGGUCCGCUUGCUCAUAAAUGCAAGACUUUGAUCGAACCAAGUCGUCUGAUUAUGCUUACAGCGGAACGUUUUAUCCAGACAUUCUUGGGAAAGGACUAUAUUGCCCUUCAUUUUCGGCGACAUGGUUUUUUGAAGUUUUGCAAUGCUAAGAAGCCAAGUUGCUUUUACCCUAUUCCUCAAGCUGCUGAUUGCAUCAGUCGGGUGGUUGAAAGAGCCAAUACACCUGUAAUUUAUCUUUCCACGGAUGCAGCAGAGAGUGAAACUGGCCUGCUGCAGUCACUAAUUGUGGUGAAUGAGAAAGUCGUUCCCCUUGUUAAACGCCCGGCUAGUAAUUCGGCGGAGAAAUGGGAUGCUCUUCUGUAUAGGCAUGGCCUCCAGGGGGACUCACAGGUGGAAGCUAUGCUGGACAAGACGAUUUGUGCAAUGUCGAGCGUGUUCAUCGGAGUCGGAUCAACAUUUACGGAGGACAUAUUGCGGCUUCGGAAGGACUGGGGAUCGGCCUCUAUUUGCGACGAGUACUUGUGCCAAGGUGAAGAUCCGAACUUUAUAGCAGGCAAUGAAUGAAAUGGAACACAUCGUGUGUCGAUGGAGGCGUGACACGCACGUUAAUGUACUAUAGUCUAUAGCAACUCUGUAUAUGUGCAUAGAAUUUUCAAUUUAUACGAUUCUGUCCUCGCUCGGCGGUCUCUGAUCAUUCUUUUCUCCUGAAAGUAACCCUCCCUCUGAAGCCGUUCCUCCCACCUGUUCUUGGGAACAAAAACGCAUGUAGCUCAUAGUGUUUUGGACUGGCGAUGAUCGAUUGAGAUCUCUGUAGAGCUGAUCACGCUAAUUUUUUUUUUGUCAGCAUGGGACUUUGCUAUAUAGUUAUUCGCUCGAGUCGAGGAUUAAGAUUGCAUUUUCACUUGUCAUACAUUUGACUUUGUUUCUUAGA